AUGAUCGAUCCGAUGAUAAAGGCUGAGAAGAAGAAGAAGAAAAAGAGCAGACCUGCUGCUGAAGAGGCUCCCAAGUUGAACGGAAACAUGACAGAAGAUAUAAUCGCACUGAAACAAGAGAAGAAGAAGGCCAAAAAUAUCAAAGAGCAAGGAUCGCAGCCUCCUGAAGCCGUUGCAGAAGUGCCACUCAGCAGCCUAGACAAGAAGAAGAAGAAGAAGAAACGCAAGGCAGCAGAUGCUGAGGGCCAGGCUGCAGAGGCCAAGCCAGCAGAGGAAGCGCCAGCUAUUGAUGACGUCCCAGUCGAAAAGUCAAAGAAGAAGAAGAUCCGUGAGCAGCAAAGCAGUGAGCCGGUGCUGGCUGCAGUCGGGGACAGGGAGCUGGCACGAACUGGCAAGCCCAUCCGGAAGGCCCUGUACACAGAGCACGCUGCAGUGGCCGCCCUGGCACCUGCGGAGGUGGAUGCAUGGCGUGCAGAGCGCGACACAGUGGUCACUGGGUCUGACCUGAGGCCGGUCAUGGCCUUCGACCAAGCAGGUUUCUCAGCGGACCUGCUGCGGUCCACAAGGACAUUCGCGCAGCCAUCGCCUAUCCAGGCGCAGUGCUGGCCGAUAAUCCAGUCCGGCAGCGAUCUGGUGGGCAUCGCCGCCACCGGCUCCGGCAAGACGCUGGCAUUCGGCCUGCCCGGCCUGAAGCACAUCCUGGCGCAGAAGGCUGCUGGGGUCAGCACAGGCAAGGGCCCGAGCAUGCUGGUGCUGGCGCCGACACGCGAGCUGGCGCAGCAGAUAGCGGCGGUGCUGGAGGAGGCCGGCCAGUCCGCGGGGCUGCGUACGCUGUGUGCGUACGGGGGCGUUCCCAAGCCGCCCCAGACGGCCGCCCUGCGCCAGGGAGUGGACGUUGUAGUGGCCACCCCCGGCCGCCUGGAGGACCUCAUCAACGACGGAGCCUGCCGUCUGUCGGGGGUGACGUACCUGGUGCUGGACGAGGCGGACCGCAUGCUGGACCUGGGCUUUGAGCCGCACAUCCGCGCGAUCGCGGGGGCCACGCGUGCCGACCGCCAGACGCUCAUGUUCUCGGCCACGUGGCCGCCGGCCAUCCAGAAGCUGGCCUCCGAGUUCCAGGCGUCUAUCGCGCGCGUCACCAUCGGAUCCCAGGACCUGUCCGCCUCCCACUCCGUCCGGCAGAUCGUGGAGGUGAUAGAUCCGGCGGCGCGCGACCGGCGGUUGGAGGAGCUGCUGCGCAAGUACCACUCCUCGCGCAAGAACCGCGUCCUCGUCUUUGUGCUGUACAAGAAGGAGGCCGCGCGCGUCGAGGCGCAGCUCAGCAAGCGCGGCUGGAACGUGCGUGCAAUCCACGGCGACAUAAACCAGCGGCAGCGCUCGGAGGCGGUGGAGCAAUUCAAGAGCGGCAAGGUGCCCCUGCUGAUCGCCACAGACGUGGCCGCGCGCGGACUGGACAUCCCCGACGUGGAGGCAGUCAUCAACUACUCCUUCCCACUCACCACCGAAGACUACGUCCACCGCAUCGGCCGCACCGGCCGCGCCGGCAAGUCAGGAUUGUCGCACACGUUCUUCAGCGGAGCGAGUGACAAGCCGAGGGCGGGCGAGCUCAUCAAUGUGCUCAAGGAGGCGAACCAGGAGGUUCCAGAGGAGCUGCUCAAGUUUGGCACCACCGUCAAGCGGAAAGACCACAAGCUGUUUGGCGCCCACUACAAGGACGUGGACUUCACCAAGAAGGCCACUAAAAUGAGCUUUGACAGUGACGAUGAAUGA